AUGGGGAAGAUAAUCUUCUAUGAGGACAAGAACUUCUCUGGGCGCCAUCUUGAAUGCAGCAGCGACUGUGCGGACCUGAUGUGCCUCCUCAGUCGCUGCUGCUCCGUCAAGGUGGAGAGCGGCAGCUUCAUGAUCUACGAGAAACCCAACUACACCGGCAACCAGUACUACCUGAGGAGGGGGGAGUAUCCUGACUUCCAUCAGUGGACGGGUAUCGAUGACUCCGUCAGCUCCUGUCGCCUCAUCCCCAUGCAGGGGCCCGGCUCGUUCAGCAUGCGCCUGUAUGAGCGAAUCGAGUUCGGGGGCCAGAUGAUGGACCUGGCGGACGACUGCCCCAGCGUCUUGGACCGUUUCCACAUAAACGACAUCUUCUCCUGCAACGUCACCAACGGCAACUGGCUCUUCUACGAGCACCCAAACUACCGGGGCAGGAUGUACCUGAUAAGGCCCGGAGAGUACAAGAGGUUCAGCGAGUGGGGCGGCAGGAGCGCCAGGGUCGGCUCCAUCAGGCGCAUCACGGACUAUUGA